GUGCUGGAUGCGUUCGCGGCUGGCGACGACUGGCUCACCGUGGCGAAAUACAACAACGUCUCGCGGGCGGCGGCGCACAGGCUGUGCAAGAAAGGAGAUCCCAGCCCGCCUCCGAGAGGCGGUGCCCGCGCCAGCUGCGUCAAGUGCACGGACGCAAUGGUUGAGGCGCUGGAGGGCUACUUAGACGAGGACUGCACGUCGACGCUC